GUUCAUCUUCCAUCACUUGUCUUCCUUCUUGGCUUGUCCAUUAGAUUGCUCUCCCUUUCAUUCUUCUCCUUUCAUACCUCUCCUGCUCCUGUCCAUCUCCCCAGACGUCGAUAGCACGCGCCGUACCUAAUCAGGGUCAUAAUCAUCCAGUUCUCCAUCAUGCGCUUCUCCUCUUCCACUAUCCUCACGGCUCUGCCCGCUCUCGCUGCCGCUCAGGACUCUCCCGUCGACCAGUACAAGGCUCAGUUCCAGGACUUCCUCGGCCAGCUUGGCGGCUACAUUCCCAACCCAGGCCACCAUGAUCCCAUCGCUGCGGCCGAGGCCAAGGCUGGCGCCAUGAAACUCGACAUCCUGACCCUCGAGAACUGGAAGCAGACCCUCUACGAGCCUGUCGCUGCUGAUGCCACAACCCCCGAGGAGUGGUGGUUGUUGAUUUCUGGCGGAAACAAGACGUGCUACGGCCGAUGCGGAACCGUCGAGCAGGCCUUCAACGAGACCGCAGCCAAGUUCGCGCUUCUCGAGAACAGCCCUCACAUGGCCUAUCUGAACUGCGAUAACCAGCCCAUCCUGUGCAAUGCGUGGUCCACUGGUCCCGCCAGCCUCUACAUCUUUGACCUUCUGCCUGAGCCUGCGCCCGUCGAGAUUUACAAGAAGAGGCUCAACCUGACCACCACCACCUCUGACGACCUGGUCGCCCUCCAGGCCUCUGGCGACAAGUCGGACUUCAUCCUCGUUGAUGGCUGGUUCCACCCCUUCAACGGCAAGGCCGCCGAGACCGGUCUCGCCGUUCCCUUCGGCUACGUCAUGUGGGCUUUCGGCCUGAUCCCCAACUGGCUGUUCAUGCUUCUCGUCUCCUUCGGCAGCCGAACCAUGAUGAACCGCCGCAUGGCUCCUGAUGUGGCCGGUCGUCCCCAGGGCGGUGCUGCUCCUCAACGCCAAUAAGUGGGAGAGGCUUUAGGGAUUGGUGUUAAUGAAUGAUGGGUAUCUGAAGAUGUUUUAUGCCAUGAGCGAAUGCCGGGGGUACUAUCGCUCAAUAAUACGAGAAUUCUGAUAUGAACCGUCACGACAAGGGUUGGCUGUUUUGUUUCUUGUAGCGUUAGUUGUAGAGGGACAUGGUAGAACCUCAAUCGCUUCAAGAUUUGUUUUGGCAA